GUUCCAUUUGAGUUUCAGGUCCAUCUAGAAAUGGCCGAGUUUGGUGUCAGAGCUGUGGCGCUCGGUCCGUUUCUCCAGUUUUUUCCUGCCCCUUUUCUAGUCGCUUUUUCUCGGAUUGUGGCACUCGCCUGCUGUCCAGCGACACCACCCUCGACGCCCGGCUAGUCGUUUUCGCAGCGAACUGGUGAGGUAAACGAGUUGUCAUUCACGAACUCUGCUGUCUAGCUGCAAGUUCUUUCGCAGGUGUCUCAGCAGUCAACGGUGCACUGAAGCGGUUUGCUUGCACGGCUGUUUCGCAGGCUCAGCACACGAGCUCGCGGUCUGAGGUCCGAAGAGGUGUGCACGGUUGAAAUCCUCGAACAAGAGCUUCGACUUCUUUCUACCCUUCCCUCCGCAGUGCAUAUUUCUGUGACAGGAAACGGCGGGGAAAAAGUCCCGGGUUUCGCUUCAAGGCUGCAAUUUUUCGUCCAGCUGAGCACCUAUGCCACGCGCGAGCACGCCCAAGGCCCAGACGCACUGCUCAUAGGUGUCAACGGAGAGGCGAGAAUUCCCCCUCACUGAUUUCUCAUUUUCCACAGGUCAAUAUGGCACAGAAAGGCCACACGGACGCAGAGGCUCCCGACGUCAGGCAAGCCUUCGCGCCUCUUCGCGCACAAGCCGAGGAGACUGCAGUCACGUUCUCCUUGGAAGGCAACCGCCAACUGAAGUGCAUUCUCCGGAAAAUGCCUCAAAAUGCCAACAACCAGAAAACUGUGGAAAUCAUCUUCGCCUUUCAAGGGCCCGUCUUCGCCCAACACGAACAAAAGCAACUGUUCAUGCACUGGGGCGUGGGCAACCACGGUCACGAGUGGAAAGGCUUGUCAGAAGAACUGCAGAAGUCGCUUCACUCUACAUCUGAAACGACGUUCCCCUGGGGAGCAGCCGAAACCGCCUUCCCGUCCCCGAGUUCGUCGCCGCCGCCAGUGGUCACACUCUCCUUCCCAGAGGCCCAGGCGCCUGCCUUCAUCAGCUUUCUGUUUCGCACGCAAUUUCACGAGUGGAUCCGGCAACAAGGCGGCGGCAACCUCGUGUUGCCUGUGCACCAACUUCUUCAGGAGAACGAGCAGCAGACGGCCUUCCUCGACACUAUCAUCGCCGUGAAAACUGACGCCGUACACGAGAAAGAUGCCUCCAGGCCCUUGCUCCCAGAAGACAUCCAAUACUGGAAGGUGCCACUAGGAUCCGGGGUGGACAUACAGCUGGUGGCCCUGACGUACCACAACGCGAUGGCGGCGGCUCUCGAGAUUUUCUCGGACUCGCCUGCAGCACUCACGCUCUAUUGGAGCGGUGCAUGCAGUCCGCAUGACUCUUGGCAAGCGCCUUCUCCCAACAGUCUCUUAGGGCAGCCGGGCGUCGGCUGUCAAGAGGAGUCGAGCAACGUUCCGUACGGGGACGCCGGCGCGCCCGCCCCUCCCGCCGCUCGGGACGGCGUAGAUCCGGAGCGCGAGAAAGCUCGCAGAGAAAAGGAGAAGCUCGACGCGCAGAGAAUUGCAUGCACCUUUGGAGGAUUCGCCAGCUAUCCCCAAGACGACAAAGCGUACUGGACUCAAUUCGAGUUUCUCUCGAUCCCAGGCUCUCAGGUGUCUUUACAGCGCGUAGCCGUGGUGAUUGCCGGACAGGCGGUGCCAAAGGGAAUCGUUUUUCUCGUCCGAGAAGUGAAAGCCGAUCGCUGGUUCCGGGCCCCUGGGUCUGGGAACUUUUUCGUCUCUUUGCCGACUCACAAAUAUUGGACAGUUCUAAGAGCUGAAGAAGAGAAACGAAGGAAGGCCGAACAGGAAAGGCAGGAGCGACUUGCGAAGCAGAUGGCAGAUACAUUCCACGAAGCCGUCAAACUCUUCGAGGAAGGAAAACCUGAACGAGAGCAGCGAGGGACGCUGUCGUACCGCUGCGUGACUCUGCCUGAGGGCGUCGGCUUUCUGGAUGCGUAUGUCUACCCGAACGACGCGAUAACUGAGGUGUACGUACACUUCACAGUCUGCACGCGAGUGCCCUGUGUGCUGCACUGGGGGCUGCUGGACAUCAUGGGGACGGCGCAGACGCAGACGGAGAGCAGGUGGGAGACGUGGAAGAAGGAAGGCCUGAGUCAGGAGGAGUUGGAGAAAAAGAGAGAAGAAGAAAUCCGGAAACGGAUGGCGUUUCGCGGAGCUCCUUCGCAGUGGAUUUGUCCGCCGCCAGAGAUGCGCCCGCCAGGAACAGUUCUUGUAGACCCUGUCAGAGCUGUCCAGACGCCGUUCGAAGAGGCGAAGGCGCAGCGUGCAGGCCUGGCGGCGGGGAACGCAGGCCUUCAACUGCUGCAGCAACUCACCAUUCGAGUGCCUGCGCACAAAUGUCCUCGCAUCAACGAAGAAGACCCUGGAGUCGACACUCUGUUCGACGGAAUUGCGUGCUGCCUCAAGGAGGUGAAUGGACAUCGCUGGUUCCGGAGCAACGACGGCAGAGACAUUCAGAUCCGUUUGGUCGAGUUCGGGGCAUCCGUGUACAAGGGACUGAAUGCGGAGAUGGUCGAGAAGAUCGUGGAGGCCGAAGUGGAGUGGCAACACAUGACGUUGAUGCAUCGCUACAACUUGAUGCAUUCCUUCCUCGACGGCUUCGCCAGCAAACACGGGGCGUCUGUGCAGGGGAACGCGAGCUUCCAACGGCGGGAGGCGCUGCUCGCUGACCUGGCGCGCGACUGGACGGAUUGUCACUUCCAUUCGCCUGAGCUGCUGCUCCCGAUGACCUUCUCGCCUCCACCACUGCCCGAGUUCUCUCCCCGUCUCGAGGACUUUCUUUCUCUCGGCGCCGCCGUCGUCGAGGAGGAGCGGGACUUCUGGGCAUGGUUCUACGUCUGGGGGAGAUUCGCCUUUCUCGGACUCCUGGACUGGCAAAGAAACUACAACACAAAACCGAGAGAACUCGCCUCUGCGAGCGAACAGCUUACCUUCGCCACUGCGCGCGCCUGGCGGAAGUACACCGAGUACAGGCCGUUGAUUCGGGAUUGUCUGAGCACGAUGGGACGCGGCGGCGCGCAGGGGCAGGCGAUCCGAGACCGGAUUCUCGACAUCAUGCACAAACACAAGAUCCCUGAAAGUACGGGGAACUUCUACGAACAGUGGCAUCAGAAGCUGCACAACAAUACCACCCCAGACGACGUCGGCAUAUGCGAGGCCGUCAUCGGCUUUCUGGAGAGCAACGGGGACCUGAAGACGUACUGGCGCAUCCUGGGGGAGCACAACAUAUCUCGAGAGCGCCUGGCGAGCUACGAAAGAAAAAUCACUUGCGAACCGUACAUGGUGCACACCAACAUUGGAGAUUUAGUGAACGACUUCCGCUCCUACCUUUCUAUCCUCAAAGACGUCCACGACGCCCUCGACAUCAAGAAGGCGUUCGACUACGCCCGGCAGUACUUGCCUCACGACGCAGUUGGUCUCAUCGAGCAGCUGGUCCAGGAGCUGGGGACCCAGCGCCUGCAGCAGAAACCGAUGAAUGCGGAGGACGCCAUGAGACGUUUCCAGACGCUCUCGGAGGCCAGAAAGAAAAUCGUCUUCACGCUCAACCAAGAUGGCGGUCUGGGAGAAGACGGGAACCUGGCGGCGAUGACGCGCGAACUGCUUUUCCUCGACUACGCCUUGGAGCAACAACAAGGCGUCCUCAUUCAAGGAAACGCCGCCAAGUUUUCUCUCAAGCAACUGGUAGUUGCCCUGAGAGAACUGCUUCUCACUCUCAGCGCCCACCAGCCUGUCAACCUGGAACUGCGGUCGAUGUACGCCGACUGGGCGCAUCUGGGGGAUGCGCUGGCUGCAUGCAGCGAAGGAGCGAUUUCCUGUUCUUGCGUCUUCGACGCCCGCGAGGCGGCGCUGUUGAUGAAGGCGCUGACAGACAGAGUCGUGCGCUUUGUCGGCGGCACCGUCGACAGCGUCCAGGAGGAACUGGGGAGAAAAGCAGUGUAUCUGGGGAAUCAGGUAGGGACUGAGAAGAAGGUUCUGGACGUCUUCGUCGACGAAGUCUUGCGCGGCAGCGCUCUCUUCGCUCUCUCCCUCCUCGUCAAACGGCUGGAGCCUCUUCUGCGAAACGCCGCGAUGCUUCCCCCCUGGCAGCUCAUCUCCAUCGUCGAGCGAGUGCAGGGCGAGCUCGUCUCCAUCGAUCACUUAAAGAACAUUCAGGACAAGGUCUUCGAGACUCCAACGGUGCUGCUCUGCGGAGCAGUGAGUGGAGAAGAGGAGAUUCCUAUCGGAGUUCAAGCUGUCCUGGUCAGGUCGGCCGCGGUCUCGCCGGACAUUCUUUCUCAUGUCGCCGUCAGAGCGCGAAACGCCCAUGUCCUCGUCGCUGUCUGCUUCGAGGCGAAAGUCGCCGACCAGCUCGAGUCCUUCAGUCAGUCGUGGGUGGAAGUUUUGUCUGCGAAGGACGGCAGCGGUUUGGAGGUGCAUCCGGCGACGCGGCCGAAUGCAAUGCUGGCUCGGCGCGCAAGCAAACUCUUCAAUCGACGCACAUCUCAGGAACUCUUCAGUGAAGCGAGUCUCCUUGGCAGAGGCGCGUCGUUCGUCGAGGAGGCGCGCAGACUCCGCAAGCGGACAGCAAGUGUCUCCUCGGCCAGCGACGGGGACGAGGAACGGCUUGGCGACCUCUCGGAGGACUCGGAUCCCGACGACGUCAUGCAGCUCAAGAAAACCAGCUCGCAGUGGUGCAUCCCCAUGAGCAAGUUCAACAAAAAGCUUGUAGGCAGCAAGUCCAGCAACAUCAAGAAGCUGGCUGACGCGCUGGAUCCCUCGGUGCUGACGCCGCGGUCGGUCGCGCUGCCUUUCGGCUGCAUGCAGAAAACGCUGUCUGCGAGCCCAAAUCAGCCGCUUCUGUCCGAGUUGCGGCAGACACUCCUCGACCUUUCUCCGAGCUCGGGGACGUCCGAAGCCAGCCAGAUCUUCGAGAAAACGCGGGAGAUUCUGGCGAAACUGUCUGUGCCACCCGCCCUCCUCGAGGCCCUGCAAGAGUGCAUGCGAACCGCAGACGAAGAGGCGCGGCAGCGACAGGGGAUGGACGGCGAGACUCUCGACAAGACUCUCGGCGACCGGCCGUCGCUCUUCGACUUGUGGCAGACAAGUGGAGAGACGCGGUGCGCGGAAGCCGUCAAGGCGGUCUGGGAGAGUCUCUUUGGACUGCGACCGUGGAUCAGCUUGACAAAAGCCGGAAGAAAAUACUCGGAACUCAACAUGGCCGUCCUCGUGCAGGAACUGAUGCCCGCGCACUGCGCCUUCGUCCUCCACUCCAGAAAUCCAUUCUCCGAUGAAAAGGACGAGAUGUACGGCGAGCUUGCACUCGGACUGGGAGAAGCGAUCGUGGGCAACUACGCAGGACGCUCUCUCGGGUGGCGCAUGAAGCGCGGAGGCGAGCCGGUGGUUGUCGCGUUUCCUAGCAAAAGCGAAUGUCUCAUCUGCCCCCCAUGUCUCAUCUUCAGGUCGGACUCGAACGGCGAGGAUCUGGAGAAUUUCGCAGGGGCAGGGCUCUUCGAGUCUGUGCCUGCUUUCCAGAACCGUGUGCAAAGAGUCACUUACUGGAAUGCUCGCAUCAUCACAGAUCGCGACUACCGGAUGCGUCUUCUCAAGCGCAUUGGCGAGCUCGCGUUUCUUGUCGAGGAUAAAUACGCGGUGCCCCAAGACAUCGAAGGAGUCGUCGUCGGGGCAGAAACAGUUGCCCUUGUUCAAACGCGAACGCAAGUCUGAGCACACAGGAUCGUCUUGAUGCGUCUCGACCUCGCUCUCGCGACUCACUUCUCCGGAGAGACGGAAAAACGGUGCGAGUCAAGAACUCAGGAAACCCCCAAUCCGCAGCUUCUACACAUCACGGUUCAGGCCGGUCAAAGAGAGAGCUACAUACACA